AUGGCCAUUUCCUUUUACGUGACCGAUAUGCACAAGGGCGAGACUAGUUGCAUGCAACAAUGGAACUUGGACGAAACCGCGCUUGGCACGAAAGAAAAGUAUUCGUGCUUGAGGCGGGAUGCUCUCGUGACAGGUGAGCCGAGGCGCCCAAAGCGUUGGGGCAGCGAUGCUGGAGAAGACCAGGGGGCCGCGUGCUCGGGCCUGGCCGCGAGAAUAUCCCUCGCCAAGACGUUUUCCAACCUCCUCAACUCGGUUCACCACCCGUUCGCAGGAGCCCGCUGCUCAGCCGACACUGGAGGAGCAUCGGACUCGAUCGAAACUCAGUAA